AUGAUGAACGACUACAUUGUCUUCCGGCUCCUGAUGGACGAGGCCGAGAAGAGCAAGGCUAAGCAUAUGCAGCACCGGGCUUCGCUUAUCCCACCGGCCGCUUAUUUGGCCCAGCAUCGCGCGUCGAUCACAUCAACAGUCGAACCGCCGGCUGUCGUUGAGCCCUUCUGCUCGCCUCUCGUCCCACACGUCCCGAUCCGCGAACGCCUCGCCCGCCGCGGGACCAGUGUGGACGUGGCGGAUGACGUCCUGCCCGGCGGCUCUUCCUACUGCAAUUCCUUUUAUGGGGCGCCGCGACGGCGUCGAAUGAGUCUCCUGCAAACGCUCAGACUCCAAAACCGUCAACUCAACGACAGCGGCUUUGACAUGCACCGUGAAAGGACAGCUAGCGAGAGCACCAACAGAGACACGUGCUCCCCGCCAGCCGCCAAAUCCCCGCCACAAUCCCCGUCGAAAAAAGCGCUCGCUUCCCUCAAAGCAAAAAUUUUUGGGAAGAAGGAGAAACGGCUUGACUCCCGCCAGAGCUCGAACACUAUCGCUGCGGAUUUGGCUCAUGAUGGGAAUGGCGGUGGUCGCUCCCGAAAAUCCCCCUCCACCACCAAUGACAGCGGUCGUGGUAGCCAGGGUCAGCUCGAAGAGCGGGUCGGUGAUGCGAUUCCGGACAGCCAUCGGCAGGAGCGGAAACGGCUUCGAAUUCGGACCACCUCUUGCCCAUGCCUCCUCGGCCUCUGCGAGCUCCCAAAUCGCCACUCCGAUUCCGAAGACGACGGCCCCGACGACGACGAGCUGUUCACCGAGCGGAUGCUGAGGAAUAGCAGCCCGGUUACUGCAGCCGACUGCCUCCUCGAACGCCGUCUCCUCCGCCGGGCCAUCGAGGUGGAACGCCGACGUCUGCAAGAAGCUACCACCUCCUCUACCAACGGCUCCUCCACCACCCCGUCCAGCCAUCGCCCACGCGCCACCAUCGCCAUCGCCGAGUCGUUCAGCGAGCUAUCUGCCGCAUCCGUCGAGCCAAGCAAGUGUGCAAUGUUGAGGAGACUGCAUGAUAAAAGCCUUAGCGUUUCUCAUGAUUCCGAGCGCCGUCCGUUUGAUGUGACGGCAGAUAUGCAUUGUCCACCUAUGGAAGAUAUCCUCUCAAUCGCCUCAAUGGCCGCGACAGAAGACCUUUGCGAUUAUGACGAUUCCUCCACUCUUCUGCUCGACCACUACUUGCCACUCUCCAGAAAUGAACUAAAAGAAGAAAAGGUGGCCCCGCACAAGGACGCGCUUACCAAAUUCUUGGCAAACGAGGAUCCAGCUGAUCGAACGUUCUUUGAGUGUGAUUUCGAGGAUACGGUGCUUCAGGCCGAAGAAGAAGCGCUACCCGAACGUCUCGCGCGUACUUCAAACGAGCACGACGAGCUCGAGUUCCAAAUGGCCUACAAUGCCAACAAGAACGCGUACACCAGCCGCGAACUCCUUAUCAUUCUCACAUACGCUCCACUCGUCCAAUUCGUGACGGUGACGGUCAAGAAGGCGAGAAUGCUGCCGUAUAAUACUUCCCCUUUCGCCCGAAUCAUGCUUUUCGACGGUCGACGCUUGGUAGAGCAGAAGCAGACAACUGUCGACCCGUCCGUGGGAAUCACGUCAUCUAUCGACUCCGCGAAACCAUCUUCUUCUUCUGUCUCCUCGUCCUUGUCUUCGACUUCCGGAGACGCCGCCUUUUCCGAGUCAUUCCUCUUCCAUGUCCCCCCCACAAAGCUUGACAAGGCGCAUAUUGUCAUUGAGGUCUUUGACAACUCGACCGACGGUCCGGUCUCUAUCGGCCACUGCGUUAUUGGGCGGCUCUCGGGAGGUACCGGCCAAUCGCACUGGCUCCAGAUGGUGCGCAAACACAGCCUGCCCGUCUGCAUGUGGCACCGGAUACAGGGUGGCAUCGAG